AUGCGCGGCCUGGUGCAAUUCAUUGCAGACCUACGAAAUGCCCGUGCCCGCGAACUCGAAGAGAAACGAAUCAACAAGGAGCUUGCCAACAUCCGCCAAAAGUUCAAGGAUGGAAACCUCAACGGCUACCACAAGAAGAAAUACGUCUGCAAACUUCUCUACAUCUACAUCCUAGGCUGGGACGUCGAUUUUGGCCAUCUCGAAGCUGUCAACCUCAUUUCCGCUGGAAAGUACUCGGAGAAGCAGAUUGGCUAUCUGGCCGUUACGCUAUUUCUUCAUGAGAAGCACGAGCUUCUCCACCUCGUCGUCAACAGCAUUCGCAAGGAUCUUUUGGAUAACAAUGAACUCUUCAACUGCCUGGCUCUGCACGCCAUCGCCAAUGUUGGAGGCCGCGAAAUGGGCGAGUCUCUAAGUGGCGACGUCCACCGGCUUUUGAUCGCUCCUACCUCGAAAUCCUUUGUCAAGAAAAAGGCAGCCCUCACACUACUGCGACUGUACCGAAAGAGCCCCGAAAUCGUCAGCCCUCAGUGGGCUGAUCGCCUGAUACACUUGAUGGAUGAUAGCGAUCUCGGAGUUGCCCUCUCUGUCACAUCGUUGGUAAUGACAGUAGCGCAGGAUAGCUUGGAUCUGUACAAGGGCGCAUACGCCAGAGCCGCUGCUCGGCUCAAGCGCAUUGUCAUCGAUGCCGAGUACACGGCCGAUUAUCUAUACUACAAGGUCCCUUGUCCAUGGCUUCAAGUGAAGCUCUUGAAGCUGCUUCAAUAUUUUUCGCCUUCAGAGGAUACCCACGUGCGCAAUAUGCUACGAGAAGCUCUGCAAAAGAUUCUGAGCCUGGCUACGGAAGGCAGCAAGAACGUGCAGCAGAACAAUGCGCAAAAUGCGGUGCUGUUCGAAGCAAUCAACCUCAUUAUUCACCUCGACUCCGAGCACGAACUUAUGGACCAGAUUUCAUCUCGCCUGGGUCGCUUCAUCCAAAGUCGCGAAACCAAUGUCCGCUACCUUGGUCUCGAAGCAAUGACGCAUUUGGCCGCACGCACACGAACGCUAUCUCCGAUCAAGCAGCACCAAAACAUUAUUCUCGGAUCUCUCAAGGACCGUGACAUUAGCGUUCGGCGCAAGGGAUUGGACCUUCUCUACAGCAUGUGCGAUUCUACAAAUGCUAGGAUUAUCGUUGGCGAGCUGCUGCACCAUCUCCAAAAUGCCGACUACGCUAUUCGUGAAGAGAUGGUACUAAAAAUUGCAAUUUUGACGGAAAAGUAUGCCACUGACGUUCAGUGGUACGUCGACAUCUCCCUCAGACUGAUUGCCAUGGCUGGCGAUCAUGUUAGCGACGAAGUCUGGCAGCGUGUUACGCAAAUCGUUACAAAUAAUGAAGAGCUGCAAAUAUAUGCGGCCCAAAAUGCACUGCAGCACAUCAAGUCGGACCAUUGCCAUGAAACGCUGGUCAAGAUUGGAGCCUAUAUCCUCGGCGAAUUCGGCCAUCUUAUCGCAGACCAGCCGCGAUGUAGCCCCAUUGAGCAGUUCAUGGCUCUGCAAAACAAAUUGGCCUCGUGCUCGUCUAGCACUCGUGCCAUGAUUCUCUCGUGCUUCAUCAAAUUUGUCAAUCUGUUUCCUGAAAUCAAGCCCCAGCUGGUCCAUGUUUUCCAGGCUCACAGCUACACUCUGGAUUCAGAAAUGCAGCAAAGAGCCUGCGAAUAUCUGACCCUUGCGACACUGCCUACUGAUGACUUGUUGAGAACAGUUUGCGACGAGAUGCCUCCGUUCCCCGAGAGAGAAUCGGCUCUCUUGUCCCGACUGCACCAGAAACACGCCAAUACUAGCGAUAGGCGCACAUGGGUAGUUGGAGGCAAGGAUGCCAAUGCGGAUAAUUCUGAACUCAGCAUGGCCAAACCGGGUCUCAAGCGCUCCUUCAGCUCUGGAAAUAAACUCAAUGGAGCAAACGGAGGACAAUCGCAUGGAGCAAAUGAUUUGGCAGGUCUGGACAUGAGCGGACCGGCAGAACCAGCCAAAGCACCGAAUCUGGCUAGUGCCGCACAUUUGUCGCCUGGCUGGGAGAAGGGCUUCAACCGCCUGCUACUUCGAUCAGAAGGUGUGUUAUACGAGGACGGCCAGCUGCAAAUAGGCAUCCGAUCCGAAUACCGCGGCCAGAUGGCUUGCAUUAUUGCCUACUUCAAAAACAAGAACCCUGGCGAGAUUUCAUCCUUUACCACUACCUUGGACUUGGACCGGAGCGAAAAGGCCAAUUUGACGUGGGACGUGAAAGACUCGCCGGACAACAGCCUCGUCCAUGGUGGCCAAUCGCAACAGGUCAUCAUGUUUGAGGCGCAAAAAGCGUUCACAAAGAGCCCGACAAUCCGAGUCAGCUAUCUGGCUGGAUCUCUGCAGGCGGUUACACUGAAGCUCCCUGUUGCCAUUCACAAAUUCAUGGAUCCUGCCGAGCUAUCCGCGGAAGACUUUUUCAAGCGAUGGAAGCAAAUCAACGCCGGGCAAAGGGAAGCGCAGGCCAUAUUCGGCGUAAAUGCCAAAGCCAAGAACAGAGAGAUUACGGAGACGUUUGUUAGGAGAUCUAUAGAAGGAUUCCGGUGGCGCUUGCUUGACAGGGUUGAUCCCAACCCGAAGAAUAUUGUCGGUGCCAGUGUGCUUCACACGACACAAGGUGGCAAGUUUGGCUGUCUCAUGAGACUGGAACCUAACUACGGAAGCCAGAUGAUUCGACUGACAGUUCGUGCAACUGAUGAUUCGGUGCCUGCUAUACUGCUCAAGCUCAUGCAGGAUCAUUUGAGUAUGGGUGUUUCUGCAGGACCUGACCUGCCAGAGCCUCCCUCAAGACAAGAAAUCUCUGAUGCGUUUGGAAAUGUGAUGGUGACGUGA